AUGGCCGACGCUGCUUCAGGCUCAGUUGAUAGGUCCGUCCAGGUCAAGCUCGUCCUUCUUGGCGAGGCUGCCGUUGGCAAAUCAUCUGUCGUGCUUCGAUUUGUCUCCAACGAAUUCCAGCCAAAUAAAGAGCCCACAAUCGGAGCCGCCUUCCUCACCCAGAAGUGCCGUCUCGAGGACAGAGUGCUGAGAUAUGAGAUAUGGGACACGGCCGGGCAGGAGCGCUUCCACUCGCUCGCGCCCAUGUACUACCGCAACGCGCAGGCUGCCGUUGUCGUUUAUGAUGUCACGAAGGGGUCGAGCUUGGAGAAGGCCAAGUCCUGGGUCAAAGAGCUCCAGCGCCAGGCCAACCCCAACAUCGUCAUCGCGCUCGCCGGCAACAAGGUUGACCUCGUCCAAUCCUCGUCCUCGAGCGGCAACACGUCGACAUCCGAAUCCGAAGAUGAGGCAGACGAUGCAACCGCCACGCCGGGCGAGACGCCAGGCUCACCCAAUGGUGAGCCCGAGAGCCUUCGACAGGUCUCCAGAGAAGAGGCACAUGCGUACGCAACCGAAGCAGGUCUCCUCUUCUUCGAGACCAGUGCGAAAACGGGCGAGGGCAUUGUCGAGAUAUUUACAGAGAUUGCCAAGAAGAUCCCAAUUGAACACAUUUUGGCUUCUACGCGCGGCGGCGCGGGUCGCCCGGGGGCGCAAGGUGCCCGCGAGGGUGUCGGUAGACAGGGAGGCGAUGUCAACCUCGACGAGAACCAGCCCAAGGGCAGGGAUGCAUGCAACUGCUGA